GUUUUCUGCGCCGCUUCUUCUCGCUGUUUUACGACGAGCUUUCGCGCGCUGACGUGUUCCUCCAGGAGUUUAAAUAAAGUUCGAAUCGCGUCCGGAAGUCGGAAGCGUUGAUGCACGCGCGAGCUCAGUGACUCAGCAGAAAGACGUUCAUUCAGAGCAACAGAAUGGAAGAGCAAGAUCAAACCAACCAGGCCGAGAAGUCCGAGGUUUUCCCUGCGGAGAGUUACGCUGCGGAGUCCAUGGCGGCAGAUAUGGACCCCUGGAUUGUAUUCGAUGGCCGGAAAACCCCCCGAGCCGAAUUCAACGGAUGGCUCGAGUCCAACAGACCCUCGCAGGUCAGUCGCCACGGAAAUGAAGAAGGUUCCGGCCCAGUGGGCUGGAUCGCCGUGCACGGGCCCACCUCGUGUGAGGACGCCGCGGACGUGGAGGGUCUCCAGGACAGCUGGGAAUUGCUGCAGGCCAGCGGCCGAAGCAUCACCUUUCACGUCAUCAAGGAGCUGGCGUUGAACCACAACGUGCUGGUGGGCAAGUGGCUCAUGCAUUUGCACACCGGUUUCAAAGUUGACCGCGCCUGGGAAUGCAUCGCCAGGUCCACACUGGAUGGCAAGAUCUGCUCUGCCAAAGUGAGCCCCAGAGAUCCCAAAUCGGACACCAAACACGUGAUCUGCGCCUACAACAGGAACUUCACGGACGAAGAGCAGGUGAUGCGUCUCAACGCUGCCAUCCGGGCAGCGGGGGUCAAGUGCGUCCUCUACUAUAAACCUGACGUCUACUCGUAUCUGGGAAUCUACCGCGACAACCGCUGGAAGCUCUGUCCGACCAUCUACGAGAGCCUGUUUGACCUGGAGAGCGUUCCUCGCCGCUCUCACGUCAUCAACAAGAUCACCAAUCUACCAGUCAUCUAGAAGUCACUGCCGUGAAGCCGAACAUUACCCUGUUUUGCGCCACGUGGCGAAGACUGUCUGUACGGCCUGACGGUCGCGCCGAGGACGAGGAGAGCCGGACGAUCUUUGAACGCUUUUGUUUUGGACACACUCCAUUAUUGUUGCGUUACAGUCACAGAGCUGCAUGUUAGCAGGUUCAAAUCAAGAGAAUACAGGAUGAGUAAAGUUAAGGGCUUUAAACGCCGGCUGAUGUUGUUGAAUGAUGUGAACGUGUUCAAUAAACAUGUUGUUUUUUGUUCUUUCAGAGUUGUUUGUUUAAACCUAAACGUAUUAUGUCCAAUAAACAAGCUGCAAACUUUUCUCAGAACAUUGAUCUUUAUUACGGCUCAAAACAUUGUACAAAACUAGAUUGUACACGGAACCCAUUUAGUUCUUUUUCGGAAAGACGUGAACACAACUGUCACAAAGUGAAGAGUGAGACACAAACAUUUAAAUCGGUUUUCUCUCAGAGGCAUUUUUGUCAGUUCAGAGCAAAGUGAAGGUGUUUGCCACAAAAGCAAAGACGUUUCCUUCAUUAUUAUUAUUAUGACUGCAUAACACUGAUGAAUUUACAGCUUGAUGUUGCUCACUUCUGACAGAAAAGAACUCAACAAAACUAUACACGUGUGUGUGUUUAAUGAGAGAGAAAGAUCA